UAGUCUCCCAUUUUUAAUACUAACCUCUGACCUUUGAACUGAGAAUGCAUUUCCUUUCAUACCCUUUGGAAACUAUAAUCGUCCCUGUGGGACACAGGCAUUCCCAAGAGAAGAUCUGCCCAGGGCACUCAGUGCCCACGUGGAAGCCCACACCUCCUGCUUGCAAAGCUUCGCCCUCCCUCCUACCAGCAACUAAAGAAAGGUGGUCCAAGCAGUGGCCUCACCUCUGUCUUUACCUAGAGCAGGGUGGGGAGAGCAGGCCAGGGACCUCUGGAGUGUUCAGCCUUGAAGUGCUGAAGACACAACAAGGGGUGGGGACCCUUGCGGGCAGGGGCGGGGCGAAGUAGGUGAUAUCUAGUUCAGAGACCUGAGCCUAGAACUCCCAGAGCCUCUUCCAUACACGUCUCCCCAUGGACCGCACAGUGGUUCUCAUCACCGGCUGCUCCUCCGGCAUCGGCCUGCACCUGGCCCUGCGUCUGGCCUCCGAUCCAUCCAGGAGCUUCAAAGUGUAUGCCACACUCCGGGACCUGAGCACGCAGGGCCCGCUGUGGGAGGCUGCGCAGUCCCGAGGGUGCCCUCCUGGCUCCCUGGAGACGUUGCAGCUAGAUGUGCAGGAUGCAGAUUCCGUGGCAGCAGCCCGGGCUCGCGUGACUGAGGGACGAGUGGACGUGCUGGUGUGCAACGCAGGCCGGGGCCUGCUCGGGCCGCUGGAGGUGCACUCAGGAGACGCAGUGGGCUCCGUGCUGGAUGUAAACGUGGUCGGGACGGUGCGGAUGCUUCAGGCCUUCCUACCAGACAUGAAGCGCCGCCGCUCUGGACGCAUAUUGGUGACCGGGAGCAUGGGAGGCUUGAUGGGGAUGCCUUUCAACGCUGUUUACUGCGCCAGCAAGUUCGCGAUCGAAGGUUUAUGUGAGAGUCUGGCGAUUCUGCUGCUGCCCUUCGGAAUCCAUGUGAGCCUCAUCGAGUGCGGCCCGGUACACACUGCCUUCCAGAAGAAGGUGCAGACCGGCCCCCGCGUGGCGCUGGACGACUUGGACGCUCAGACCUGUGACCUCUUCUCCCGCUACCAGCGCCACUUCGAGCGGAUCUUCCGCAAGGAGGCGCAGGACCCGGAGGAGGUGACAGAGCCCCGGCCAGCAUGUCUCCACCCUCUACUGCAGGUCUUCCUCACUGCUCUGCGCGACUCGCGGCCAGCCCUGCGCUACUUCUGCUCCGAGCGCAUCCUGCCCCUGGCACGGCUGCGCCUGGCCGACCCCAGCGGCUGCAGCUACAUCGCCGCCAUGCACCGCUCAGUGUUUGGCGACGAGCCAGCCGAGGGUCCAGAGGGCGCCCAGACACGGGCCAGAACCGGAGAACUGGGGGACCCUGAGCUGGGCACUUCCCCCUCUGCCCCACAAUAAAGA